AUGAUGUACGCAUUGAAGGUCUUAUUUCACAAUAAUGUUGCCAAAGAAUUCAAGAAGGGACUUCAACUCGAGUUCAUUGGGAACAACCGUGGUGCUGCCGAAUAUCUUGCAAACGUAACGAACGGCGAGAGUCUUCUUGGCAGACAACCUUCCACGUCCUCGCAGGUCAGCGACCAAGCACCUAAGAGGCCGAGAAUCGCAAUUGCGCUGGCUUAUCUGACUACUGGGGAACUUCGAGAGGUGUCGGUCAAUCCACCUAAAGUACCUGGUGAGGAUAGCUGA